AUGGUGGAUACAGGCAGCUCGGUGAAUGUAAUGUACAGAAUUUGCUUUAAUCAAAUGGGACUAGAGCCAGAGUAUUUGAGCUCAUCCCCGGAGCCACUUUAUGGGUUUACAAGAGAUUCGGUGGUCCCUGUUGGGUGGGUUACUUUCCCUUUUACCAUCGGAGAUGCAAAUCGCCAGGCCACCACAUUGACAAAAUUCCUCAUAGUAUACUGUGAGCAACACCUCGCAAGGCGCUGCUAUGAAGAUGUUGUCAAAAUAGGGGCCAAAGGGAAGAAAGUGAAUGUCAUUGUAAGAAACAACCCGCAACCUUCCAACCAGAGGGGUGUUAGCCACGAUUUGGACCCCCGCGAAGUAGACUGUGACAAGCCCACUAGCCCAGUGAAAGAGCUCGAGGAUAUCCCAGUCAAUAAGGCAGAUGAAGAAAGAUGCCUCAGGCUGGGAAAGAGUCUGGCUCCUAAGGUAAACUCCCAACUUACCAAUUUCCUUAAAGCUAACCUUGAUGUGUUUGCAUGGAAUCACGAGGAUAUGGUAAGGAUAGCCCCAGAGGUUAUGUCGCACAGGUUUAAUGUAGACCCUAGCUACAACCUAGUGAGUCAAAAGAGGAGACUAGUGACUCCUGAGCGAUAUGGCGCACCUAAAAAAGAAGUAGACAAGCUCUUGGCAAACGAGUUCAUUAGAGAAGCCCACUACCCGAUCUGGGUAGCUAACCCAAUCCUGGUAAAAAAGAAGAAUGAGAAGUAUAUGACUUGCGUCGACUUCACCGACUUAAACAAGGCUUGCCCAAAAAAUAGCUUUGCUCUCCCCAGAAUCGAUCAGUUCGUGGAUGCAACAACUGGUCAUCAGCUCCUCAACUUCAUGGAUGCUUAUUCGGGCUACAAUCAGAUCCCCAUGAACCCCAGCAAUAAAGAGCACACCUUGUUUAUUACCGACCAGGGGCUUUAUUGUUAUAAGGAGAUGCCUUUUGGGUUAAAAAACGCUGGUGCAACCAAUCAGAGGCUGGUGAAUAUGAUGUUUGAAGCAUUGAUCGGCAAGACCAUGGAGGUCUACGUUGAUAACAUGCUGGUAAAGUCAGAACGGGUAGCCGAUCAUGUUUUUGAUUUGGGGGAGAUGUUUAAGGUCCUCGGAAGCUAUCAAAUGAAACUUAAGCUGCUUAAGUAUACGGGGCGAAUAUCAAGCCAGGGGCACAAAAAUAGUAGCUACCUGAAGAAAUUACGUGAGCUUUUAGCUACUUUCGACAAGUAUGAGAUUCGCCAGAUUCCCCGUUCUCAGAACUCUCAUACCGAUGCACUGGCCUGCCUAGCAACUGCCCGAGAUGCAGAGUUUUUGGGUGCCAUACCGGUAGAAUUCUUGGCUACCCCGAGCACAGAGUAG